GCAGUGCCGAGGCCUAGUGUUAUCGACCCAGCUUCCUGACUGACGGGUGUUUGAGUUCGGCGGCGAGAGAGGCGGGAGACCGAGGAGGCGGGGAGGCAGAAGUUUCCCGGAAGCAGAUUGGGGUCCCUGCCCACCCUGGCUUCUCCUCAAGGAUUCGUAUGGCGGCGUCUUGGCUUUGCUGAGGAAACAUCCAAGAGAUGCAUGGUACUUCUUAGCCCUCUGUAUUUACAACUUGCAGUUGUCAACCCUCUUCUUACCGGAUACACUGGGGAAAUCAAAAUGGAAGCAUUCUAUGAAGUUCUAGGACAGUUAUACCAGAAGGUGCUUCAUGGUGAUCCACUUGAUGGGGCAGUCCAGGAUUAUGCCUUUUAUCUCACCCCAGCUUUCUCAGAUCCUCUUUGCUCUAUAUCCCCCUCCUUCGAACGGUCCAACCCAGAACGUGUACAGGGCAUUCACGAGCCAUCCUCUGUCAAGCUGACUGCCAUUCCCAAUGUGCCUUUGUGUGUGGAGAGCCACGCUCAGGUGAGCGGCGCCCAGGACAUGAUGCUCCUUCAGUUAACCGUGAUCAAAGUGAUAAUAACCAGGACAGUGUCCCUUCACACGGAGACCUGUGCAAAGGAGAAAUACAGAGAUAUAAUUCGAAUGCUUUUACAAUCAACUGAAAUUGAUUCUAAAAUGAUCUGCAUGCUCCAAAAGCCAGAUAAAUUAUUGUCUCACAUGGCUGCCCAGUGUCUGGGGCUGCUUCUCUAUUUCCAAUUGAGAGAGAAGAUACCAUUAAGUAACUCCUGGAUUGCUUUUUGCCAAAAAAACCUUUCUGGACACCCUGAUGGGGGCGCAGUAGUACAUUGCAUCUGGACUCUUACAGCUGGAAUCAAAGAAAUCUUUAAAGACACAUGUCCCCAAAAAACAGAAAUUCUAAGGCAAUUCCUGACUCCUUUUGAUACGACUCUGGAAAUAUUCUACAGUUCUUUACUUUCUCAGAAUUUUGAAAACUGCCAUGAGCCUUCUACAGUCAUAAACAGCUUGAUAGGUUUCCUAGAAUUGCUUGAACUUCUCAUAGCCUCCAGAAGCUUCCAGGAGUUACAAUUGAGGAGCCAAAGGAUUGUAUUUUUGAAACCUUGUGUUCUCAACGUUCUCACCUGGCCUGUCCAGGCUUUUGUCAAAAGGAAAUUGAUCAUAUUCAUCAAAAAGUGCCUUAUCCGGAAAGUGGGGGAAGACCUUUGCAGAGGACCCGUGCCUGCCUCCGUGGCCCCAGACAGUCUUCUAGACAUGGACACGUUGGCUUUAGCUAAGGCUGUUUUGCAUGCCGUGCAUCUAGGAUUGUUGAAGAAGUUCUCUGUUACUGGAAAGCGUUGCUGUUUUGGAGGUGACAAGGUUCAGCCUGGAUGUGGACAUACUUCCGGUCCUGAUCAUGUGAUCCUGAGAGCAGCAAGCUUACUAACAGUGAAAUCCUUAGAAAUCAAGUUCCAAAACUGUACUUCAGCAAAUGAAAUGAGAGCUGACUUACAGAGCUUCAUGUCCGAGUUACUGGCCUUCCUAAAGCCUCAGCUUCAGCCAAGUCUGCAAGAACACAACCCAUGCGAGUGGCUGUCCAGAGUCUUUAUCGAGCAAGACGACGACAUGCUGGAGGCGGCCAAAGCAUCAUUGGGCAUCUACCUGAAGCUGACCAGAGACUGUGAUGCUACAGGAUGUGUGACCCAAGAAAAGGCAAUCUGGACCCAUCACACACAUGAAAAUGGCUAUAAUCCUCACUGUGUUUUCCUAUUCUUCUUCAGAAGUAUAGGGUUUGAUUGUACAGUUCUCCUGGACUUCUUGAUUUCCUCAGAGACCUGUUUUCUUGAGUACUUUGUUAGAUAUUUAAAAUUACUUCAAAGAGACUGGAAUAAUUUCUUCACCAUUUGCCAGUUCUUUGAUGCAUCGGAAUGUCAGCAUGGCAUAAAUAAUCAUGGUCAAGCUCCCUCACCGGUCCAAGACAGAAACACCAAACAGACAGCACCUCAUUGUUUGAGUGCUUCUCAAAGUCACUCCAGUGCUAGCUCUGGGGUCUUGAGGCCAUCUGAUGAUUCUCCUGAACUACUGGCUCAGGCUGGGAUGGCCAAGCGUGCCCACACCAGAACCGAUCGUCCUCUGCCUCCAUCGCAGGCUUUGAGAAGUCUGGUGGCUUAUGACAGCUCUGAUGAUUCUGAAGCGGAAUCCACAGACCAGGGUCUAGCUCCCAGUAAGCAGACAUCUUUGCCCCAAGAAGCAGUUAGGAAAAUUCAGGACUCAACUGGAAGGAGUAAGGAUGCAAAUGAACUGGAGCCUCAGUCAAGGCUGCUUGUUCUAAAGGAAUCUAAUAUUCCUUCCUCCCUUGAUCAUGAAGUAAACCCAGAAAAUGCUGUCCUGGAAGUGGGGAUAUUUUACAGAAUAGCAAGAUGCUUUGAAGAGCUACAACAUGCCAUCUGCCGUUUACAAAAAAGAAAUCUCUUCCCAUAUAAUCCAGCUGCACUUCUGCGAUUGUUAAAACAUAUAGAGGACAUGUAUAAUAAAGUAUGAA